UAUCAUCUAUCGUCAAGAUUGUCACGUCACUCUGAUUUGCCUCAAAAAUAUAUAUAAAAUAUAUAAAUAUCCUUUGUUUUCCCCCCAAUUAUCCCUAAAUCCGUAUUCAUUAAUUGAUUAAGUUCAUUAUUUAUAUUUUUAUACUUCGUUCCCGAAAAGCCUCGCACAUGCAAUAACAAAAACACGCAUGCGAUUUGCGAAUGCGCGAGUGUGCGAUAGAUAACCCCCGUCCGCCCUCCAAAUCACUUCACUUCACAACUUCACACCUCCGCUACAUUGCUUUGAACGUUAGGAAAAUUAUUGGAAAAUCCCAAGUGUCAAUAGUGAAAGUUGAAUAUUACUCAUUAGACAAAAAAAUAAAUAACAAAAGGGAAAAAAAAUUAAAAUGACUGCUGUGUUCAGACAAGUAAAUGAGGCGUAAAAUAUAAUAGUGCGUGUGUGGAAUGUAACAGAGAUUUGACAGUUGUUUGCGAAUAACAGAUAUGGCUGAGAAUCUGGGCAAGCGACCCUCCAAGGGUAUCCUUAAAACAUCCAGUAGUUUUGAUAAUCAGGAGGCCCCGAGUAGAGCGCAAAAAGAAACAAAAUGGGAUGAAAUGAACAUUAUAGCAACGUUACACCCAGCAGACAAAGAUUAUGGUCACAUGAAAAUUGAAGAACCCAAGACUCCAUAUAACUUUGCUGGUGUUGUAAAUGAAGAUAGUUUAGACUCUUGUGCUGUAGCGUCAAAAUUGGCAAAAAACGUUAAACCAAAAAUAUUUGAAGAAUCAAGUGAAGAAGAAGAUGAAGAGACUCCAGAAGAAAAAGAAAGGAGAAAAGUUUUUGAAGCAAAAAGAAAAGGUCAUUACAGAGAGUGGGAAGCUGUACAGUUAGCGCGCAAAAAGCUUCAGGAGGAAGACGACGAGGACGAAGAUGCUGAAGAAAAAGAAAAGGACGAUGAAGAAGACGACAUAGAAACAGAGCAGGAAGAUCAAGAAGACGAAGACCUUGAAGAGUUGAACAAGGCCAAGGAAAAGACUCAGAACAAGUGCGUGCCAUUAAGUGAAAAUUAAAAAGCAAGGAUGAGUGCCAUGACAAUAGUUUUAUUGGAUUAUGUCACUCAUCACGCACCAUGUUGUCCAUUAAAGAUUGAUAUUUUUGAAAGAAAAUAUCUCAUUUUUUUGUGAUCUUUUUCGCUUUCUGAUUAUACACUAUGUUUCUCUUUUUUUUUUUUUUUUUAUAAGCCUGGAAAAAAUUGUAUAUAAAUAUUUAAUGCUUUUUUUUACUUGAAGAAACCAUAAUGGUUGAGAAGUCAAAUCCAUGAUUCACUCUAGCGAGAUUCAAAUGAUGCAGUUUACAUGAACUUUUACAAGUAAUUAUUCACUGCUAUAGAACCAUUCGAAUUAGCAGCCAAAACGUGCCAAAAAUAUUUUAUUUUGACAUUAUUUUAGCAGUUUUCAACUAAAGGUUGUGCUAAACAUUUUAUAUUUCUCAUUAGUCCUUAUAAUGAAUUUUUUAAUUGUUAUUUAAAU